GGUGCCGGGGGCCCCGGCAGGGCCAGUCUGCUGCAAGGAGGCACAGGAUCCGGCCCCAGCUCUCUCCCGCCAGCACAUUUCCAGCAACCACUGCAAGGCAGAUGCAACGGUGCAGACAGCCCAGUGGGCCGGCCAGGCCGGGGCCUGCAAGAUGGCCCAGCCCAUCAACUCGGGGAUGGAGACGGAGCUGCUUGAGCUAGGCCCGCUCGGAACAAAACCUCCACAUGCAGAGGCAGUAUACCUGGCUGAGCGGCAGUUGCAGAGAGGACUGCGGGGUGGGUGGGGGCUGGCAAAAGGAUGGGCAGGAGAGAGCACACUGGGCCGGGCCACCCUACGUCCUGCCCCAUGGCCAGGCACGGCCGAGCACCCCCAGGCCGAGCGCACAGCAGCGGGUUCCAGAACCCACUGACCUCACCGGCGAUGCAGGAGCCCAGUUCACAAAGGGGGUUCCGGCCACCGUCCAACUGCCCAGCCGGCGGGGUGGGGCUGCCAUGCAGAGGGAGGGGGCCGGCGGGCGCAAGGAGGCCGAAAUGGACGAGGGGAGCUCAGUGGGGCUGGGCUCGGCCAUGUUCAGCUGGGUGAGCCGCGACGCGCGGCGGCGCAAGGAGCCGGAGCUCUUCCGCACGGUGUCGGAGGGGCUGAGGCAGCUGUACGCGGGCAAGCUGCUGCCGCUGGAGGAGCAGUACCGCUUCCACGACUUCCACUCGCCGGCGCUGGAGCCCGCCGACUGGGAGAGCAAGCCCAUGGUGCUGCUGGUGGGCCAGUACAGCACGGGCAAGACCACCUUCAUCCGGCACCUGCUGGAGCAGGACUUCCCCGGCAUGCGCAUCGGGCCCGAGCCCACCACCGACUCCUUCAUCGCCGUCAUGGGCGGCGAGAGCGAGGGCGUCAUCCCGGGCAACGCGCUGGUCGUCGACCCCCGGCGCCCCUUCCGCAAGCUCAACGCCUUCGGCAACGCCUUCCUCAACCGGUUCAUGUGUGCUCAGUUGCCCAACCCCGUCCUGGACAGCAUCAGCAUCAUCGACACCCCUGGGAUCCUCUCUGGCGAGAAGCAGCGGAUCAGCCGAGGCUACGACUUCGCGGCGGUCCUGGAGUGGUUUGCGGAGCGGGUGGACCGCAUCAUCCUGCUCUUCGACGCCCACAAGCUGGACAUCUCGGACGAGUUUUCGGAGGUGAUCAAGAGCCUGAAGAACCACGAGGACAAGAUCCGGGUGGUGCUGAACAAGGCCGACCAGAUCGAGACGCAGCAGCUGAUGCGGGUCUACGGCGCCCUCAUGUGGUCGCUGGGCAAGAUCGUCAACACGCCCGAGGUGGUGCGCGUCUACAUCGGCUCCUUCUGGUCCCACCCGCUGCUCAUCCCGGACAACCGGAAGCUCUUCGAGGCCGAGGAGCAGGACCUCUUCAGGGACAUCCAGUCCCUGCCCCGCAACGCCGCCCUCCGCAAGCUCAACGACCUCAUCAAGAGGGCCCGGCUGGCCAAGGUCCACGCCUACAUCAUCAGCGCCCUGAAGAAGGAGAUGCCCAACGUCUUCGGCAAGGAGAGCAAGAAGAAGGAGCUGGUCAGCAACCUGGGCGAGAUCUACCUGAAGAUCGAGCGCGAGCACCAGAUCUCCCCGGGAGACUUCCCCAGCCUGCGCAAGAUGCAGGAGCAGCUGAUGGUGCAGGAUUUUGGGAAGUUCCAGCCGCUGAAGCCGAAGCUGCUGGAGGCGGUGGACGACAUGCUGGCGCACGACAUUGCCCGCCUGAUGGUGCUGGUGCGGCAGGAGGAGGCCCAGCUGGCCACGCCGGGGGUGAAGGGCGGGGCCUUCGAGGGCAGCCUGAACGGGCCCUUUGGCCCCGGCUACGGCGAGGGGGCGGGCGAGGGCAUCGACGACGCGGAGUGGGUGGUGGGCCGCGACAAGCCCAGCUACGACGAGGUCUUCUACAGCCUCUCGCCGGUCAACGGCAAGAUCACCGGGGCCAGCGCCAAGAAGGAGAUGGUCAAGUCCAAGCUGCCCAACACCGUCCUGGGCAAGAUCUGGAAGCUGGCCGACGUGGACAAGGACGGCCUGCUGGACGACGAGGAGUUCGCCCUGGCCAACCACCUCAUCAAGGUCAAGCUGGAGGGCCACGAGCUGCCGGCCGAGCUGCCGGCCCACCUGGUGCCCCCCUCCAAGCGCCGGCACGAGUGACCCCCGGACUCUGCCCAGCUGUGGCCCCCCCCGCCACCGCCCCCCGGGGAGCCCACCUGCCCUCCCUCCACCGGGCGCCGUUGCUGCUCUUUUGAGAGAGGUUGAAUACAUCCGCUACGUUUGAGGUAACUCGCUCUCUCUCCUGUGAUGUUGCAUUGGGGGGGGCUGCCCCUUGCUUGGCACACGACUUGGGGCGAGAGCGAAUGGGGGGGGGACUUGGUCUGCCCCGCCCCCCCCUUCUGGAUGAAGACCCCCGUUGAUGGGAGGGGCUGGGGCAGAGGGGGGCCUGCGUGGAUGGACUUCCCGCCCCUCAAGGACACACGUGGGCCGGUGCCCCACUGCUCGGUCACUGCCCCACAUGGCCCCGGCCCUCCCCACACUGAGAUGGCCUCAGUGGGCCCCAGACACGGAGACGGAGCGGCCUGGGGCGAGGGCAGAGCCCGGCCUGGCCGCCUUCUGGCCAGGGGCCCCUCUCCCCAGAGCCUCAAGCAACCCACUGGGGAGGCUGCCCCCCCCCCAACAGCUUCUCACCCCCCCACACACUUCACUCCCUGGGCAGCACCUCCCGCCUGUCCUGCAUGGCCCCAACCGGCAGAGGCUCCUGGCCUGCUUCUGCCCCACGGUGGCUCCCCCCAGUCUGGGCAGGAGACGGCCCCAGGCCUGCUCAGGCACUCUGUGCAGCCCCUGCUCUGGGUGUGCGUGUGUGUGUGUGAGUGAGUGAGUGUGAGAGAGAGAGAUCGAUCCAGGGUCUCCUGGGAACUGGCGGGGGGGAGGCUGCCUGGUGGACCCAGCUCUGCUUUCGGGGGGGGGGGUCUGGGGAAGAGGGUGGCGGCUGAGGCCACCUUGAAGCUCUGCCAGCUGCUCCCAGGCUGGGAGGGGAAGGGGUGGCGGGGGGGUCGGUGUGGCCAGCCGCUCUGCACAGUGGGUGGGGUCCUGCGAGGCCCGAGAGGAAAUAAAGUGCAGCCAGUCAUGGAUCUGGGGGGGGGGGGAGUGUCUGGUGAUCUUUUUCAACUGCAGUCUUUGCAUUAAAGGUUGAUUUUGAAGUUUGGCA